UACUGAAGAGAAUUGGCCCUAAAAAUGAUAAACUAUGUAGUUUAGAAUAAGGUGCAUCAUACUCUACAUGCACUUAAGUGCAUGUACUUAUUUGCGGAUUAUGUUCACUCCCAUCAAAAUGAUAUGAUCUUUUUUGAAACUAAGCUAAUAGUAGUAGUAGUAAAACAUUACCAUAUUCUAGUGUUUACAUGAUUGCAAACUGUACUUAAACGCGCAAAGCAGUGAUUAUAGACAAAUCAAAGUAAAAAAAAAACCUGAACAAGAUUUCACACCAUAAAUUCUGCAAAAGCAAGUACAUAAACACCCAAAAAGAAGAUAGAGCACAUACCACUUUCUCCUCCCCAAGUCCCCACCCAAAAAAAAAAAAAAAAAAAAAAAAAACAAACCCAAAAAAGAACACUCCAUAGGCCCAGAAGCAGCCUCUUUUACUUUUUCCAACCCAAAAACCCACUUUAAACCCAAAAAACCCUCCAUAAAUUCGGAACAUACCCAAUUAUUAUUUGAAAUUUCCCAAACAAAAUCACAAAAAUGGGUACCCAAUUUUCAAUUUCCCAACCCCAAAUUCUCCCUCUGCUCUCAUUCUCUCUCCUCCUCUGCCUCUCCUCUGCUUCAACAGAUUACACAAAUUUGAUUUACAGAGGAUGUGCAAACCAAAAUUUUCCAGACCCAUCUGAUUCAUACACCCAAACUCUAAAAACCCUCUUCAAUUCUCUCAUUUCUCAAUCAUCUAAAACCAAUUUCAGCAAAGAAACCGCAGGAGAAGGCAGUCAAGCCGGCAUCUUUGGGCUGUAUCAGUGCAGGGGAGACCUGAAUUCAGUUGAUUGUAACAACUGUGUAAGUCAAUUUCCAAAAAUAGCAAGUAAAUACUGUGGUAGUAGCUCAAUUGCAGUGAGAAUUCAGCUAAGUGGGUGUUACAUGAGGUAUGAAAUAGUGGGUUUUAAGCAAAUUUCAAGCACUGAAUUACUGUACAAAAACUGUAAAAAAGGGGAGGUAAAAGAUGGAAGCUUUGAGGUGAAAAGAGAAAAUGCGUUUCAACAAGUGGAGAGUGGAGUAACAAGUGAGGGUGGGUUUUAUGCAGCGAGUUAUGACUCAGUGUAUGUUUUGGGUCAGUGUGAAGGUGAUUUGGUGGGGAGUGAAUGUGGAGAGUGUGUGAAAACUGGGUUAGAAAGAGUGAAAGCUGAGUGUGGCGAUGCAGUUUCAGGGCAAGUGUAUUUGAAUCAAUGUUAUAUCAGCUAUACCUACUAUCCUAACGGGGUGGAUGAGGAGAAAGCUUCUUCACCAGGAACAAAGCAGGGCACUGCAAAAACAGUGGCCAUAGUGUUGGGCGCUACAGCCGCAGCAGGCUUUGUGGUUGCAAUUCUGCUAUGUACCAAAUCAGUGUUCAAGAAAAAACCUUCGAAACAUCACUAUGGAGGAGGAUAAUAUAGAUUUAUUUAUUUUUCAUUCUACGCGGGAUAAUCUAUCAUGUAUAUAAACAAUUAAUUCUGUGUAGUUUAUAAUAGUUAUUUAAAUUAGUAUCGAGUAGAUGAGAUAUAAUGAAUUGCAUUUCUUUUCCAGGAUUUUUUAUUUUUAUGUAUAUUUUUAGUAGACAAAGAUGGUUGAAAUUGCCUUUUGAAACGUUUUUUUA